UCAGAUCACCCUUCUCCAGCACCCAAACAACCACACUUAAAACAAUUGAUUCAUUUGCGUCUUUCAUGGGUUCCCACGCCCCAACACCUCUCAUCACUGACUCUCUCUCUCUCGGCUUCCUGCUGCGCAAUGCCUCUGCAGCUUCUUCUAUGGUGAAACAGUCAAUGAUGAUUCAUCAGUUUCUUCGUCCAUGCUUGUUCUUGAUCCUGAUCUCUUUGUAUGUUUCCUGCUCUUCAUUUCUGUCUCUUGAUAAGCCUCUUUGAAGGAUCAGAUCUUUCUUUAAAGGAGGUUCAUAAUGGAACCAUCGAUUCAGAGUCUCAUAAAGGAGAGGAAAUACCCCUUUGCCUUCGCUUUCUUUGUUCUUCUGCUCUGCGUCUCUGUUAUUGUUCUCACUAACAAUCGUUACACUCUCCUACCCUUCACUGAUCUCCAGAAAUCUCGUGCGAUCUCUUCGCCUCCCGGUAAUGCUUCGAACCCAUUUCCUCGUCUUCCUCCUCCACCUCUUCCCUCAAGCCCUGGAAGGAAAGAGAAAGAGAAAGAGAAAGCGCGAGAUGAUUUAAUAGUUCCUUCUCCUCCUGAUCAGACUUCCAAUGGAGGUGGAAAAUUGGAUUUAAUGACUUGGGAGCUUUGUAAGAUUAAGGAGUGGGUGACUGUUGAUUACAUUCCCUGUCUUGAUAACAUGAAAGCGAUCAAGGCAUUGAAGUCGAGACGGCACAUGGAGCACAGGGAACGCCAUUGCCCGAGUCCUAGCCCCCGGUGUUUGCUUCCUCUUCCUCAGGGUUACAAGAUACCCGUUCCGUGGCCGAAGAGUAGGGACAUGAUUUGGUUUGAUAACGUCCCCCAUCCUAAACUUGUCGAAUACAAGAAGGACCAAAACUGGGUGCAGAAGUCUGGUGAUUAUUUUGUUUUUCCUGGCGGUGGUACUCAAUUUAAAGGAGGAGUGAAGAAGUACGUUGAGUUUAUAGACAAGACUCUACCAAGUAUUGGAUGGGGAAAACAAACAAGGGUUAUCCUAGACGUUGGUUGUGGUGUUGCUAGCUUUGGUGGCUACCUAUUGGAGAAAGAUGUUCUCACCAUGUCAUUUGCUCCAAAAGAUGAGCACGAAGCUCAGAUACAGUUUGCUUUAGAGCGGGGAAUUCCUGCCUUUCUUUCUGUCAUUGGGACUCAGAAGUUGAAUCUCCCAGAUAAUGUAUUUGAUUUGAUUCACUGUGCCCGAUGCAGGGUCCACUGGGACGGAGAUGGUGGGAAGCCACUAAUGGAGCUCAACAGAAUCCUUAGGCCUGGAGGAUUUUUUAUAUGGUCAGCGACACCAGUUUAUCGGGAUGACUCAAAGCACCUGAGUGUCUGGAAUUCUAUGGUAGCUUUGACAGAAUCCAUCUGCUGGAAGAUGGUAGCAAAGACUAUUACGAGGACAUCAGCUAGAAUUGGGCUUGCCAUAUAUCAAAAGCCUAUCUCAAAUACAUGUUAUGAGGAACGCAAAGAAAAUAAUCCCCCCUUGUGUGAUCGGAGGGAUAUGCAAAACGCUUCAUGGUAUGUACCCCUACUUAGAUGUCUUCCCUCUCUUCCACAAGGGGACUCAGGCAAGUGGCCUACAACCUGGCCUGAAAGGCUUGGCAGUAAACCUCCAAGUUUAUCAAGGGAACCAAGAGCUGAAGAAAUCUUUUUUGAGGACACAAAACACUGGUCCGCACUUGUAUCAGAUGUUUAUUUGGAUGGCCUGGCAAUCAACUGGUCAAGCAUACGAAAUGUAAUGGAUAUGAAUGCUGGCUAUGGAGGAUUUGCUGCAGCACUUAUUGACCAACCUUUUUGGGUAAUGAAUGUGGUACCCUUCAAUGGGGCAGAUACUCUUGCUGCAAUUUUUGACAGAGGGUUGAUUGGAAUUUAUCAUGAUUGGUGUGAAGCUUUUAAUACAUAUCCUCGAACUUAUGAUCUCCUGCACUCCAGUUACUUGUUUGGAAACCUAACUCAGAGGUGCGACAGUGUAGUUGUGAUAGCAGAGAUGGAUCGGAUAUUGAGACCAGGUGGUUGGAUUUUGGUUCAAGAAAACAUGGAAAUGAUUAACAAGCUGAAUCCCAUUUUUCAGUCACUGCACUGGGAGACUGCCGUAUAUGAGGAGCAAUUCCUUGUUGGUAAAAAAGGUUUUUGGCGUCCAACGAAUAGAGAAGCCAAAACAUGAGUGGAGAGUUUCAGUUCUACAAAAGUGCCAUUUAUGGCAACAUGUGCAUGUGAAGCUGUUGGCCAGAUCUGGGAAUGUUGAAGGUGCUUGAUGAAUUAUGGUGCCUUAAUUUUGGGUGGUAGUUACUGUCUGUACACUGAACAUCACUGGGCUAUGCAAGUGAGGGAGACCCACAAUUUGAUUAGUCAUCGCGGGAUAUCUUGUAGUUCAACUGUCAGUGAUACAGAGCAUUUACAGGUAGACAGUACAUGGCCUUUUCCACAAUUGUCCCAUUGAGUUAUGAUAUCUCAACAGGAUACCUUGGAUGGUGCCUGCAUGUGUACCAUGGGUCCUGCCAUUUUUGUUUAUGGAUGAUCAUUAAUCCUGAAAGCUGCAGAGUUAAUUGGCAGUGGCAUCUUUUUUUAGUAUCCACAUAGUAAAUCAUCAGUUUUAGUUUUCCUGUGUUGCAGUGAUAUAGUUUCUUUUAAGAGAUUAUGAAACCCGGUCACAGAUUAUGGUUAAAUGAAAUGAAAUUUCUGUCA